AUGUGCGGAAUCUUUGCCUGCCAUGGCCACCCGCAGGUCACCGAAUUCAAGACAAAAGCCCUCCAGUGUGUAAAAUGUUUACGACACCGAGGGCCAGACUGGUCAGGAAACUGGAUUGGCAACAACACUAUCCUAUGCCACGAACGCCUUAGUAUAGUGGGUGUGGAUUCGGGUGCGCAGCCACUAGUCAACGACGACAAUACCAUUGCUCUAGCAGUCAAUGGCGAAAUUUAUAAUCACAGAAUAAUACGGAAAACCCUCAAGUCACCCUAUCACUUCAAAACCAACUCAGAUUGCGAAGUGAUCAUUCCACUCUAUCAACAGUAUGGAAUUGACGCGCCAAAGCACCUGGAUGGCAUGUUCUCGUUCGUGCUGUAUGAUAAGGAGCAGGAUCGCACGAUAGCCGCCAGAGAUCCAAUUGGCAUCACAUCUUUUUACAUUGGUCGAGAUAGUAAAGUGCCUGGCGCUGUCUACUUUGCAUCUGAAUUGAAAGCACUUGCUCCUGUUACAGAUAAAAUAGAUUUCUUCCCACCAGGUCAUGUAUAUGACUCCAAGACGGACAAAAUUACCAGAUAUUUCGAGCCUACCUGGUGGGACGGGGAUCGUGUACCAGAAACGCCAAUUGAUUACAAGCUAAUUAGGCAGACCCUGGAGAGAUCAACGCGCAAACGACUUAUGGCCGAGGUCCCGUACGGUGUACUCCUAUCUGGGGGUCUUGAUUCGAGUCUGACUGCUUCUAUUGCGCAGCGAGAGACAUUACGGCAACAAGCAGUUGCAGGAGCACAAACCAACGGUCACAAGAGCGAGAACGAUAAGCUGGUUGGUAUUGACGACGAAAACGACCUGACCACUGUUACAUUCCUUCCGCAACUGCACUCUUUCUCAAUCGGCUUGCCAGGCGCACCUGACACUAAAGCCGCACUCGAAGUCGCUAAGUUUUUGGGAACCAAGCAUCACGACAUGACCUUUACCAUUCAAGAAGGCAUAGACGCCUUGAGCGAUGUCAUCUACCACCUCGAGUCCUUCGACGUAACGACUAUCCGAGCCUCCACGCCGAUGUAUCUACUCAGUAGGAAGAUCAAAGCAAUGGGGGUCAAGAUGGUGCUAUCAGGAGAAGGCUCUGACGAAAUAUUCGGGGGUUAUCUAUACUUUCACGCUGCGCCAAACAAGGCAGAAUUCCACAAGGAAACUGUGAGAAGAGUUAAGAAUCUGCACCUUGCAGACUGCUUGCGGGCCAAUAAAUCCACAUCAGCUUGGGGACUGGAAGCUCGAGUGCCAUUCUUGGACAAGCAGUUUUUGGAGGUCUGCAUGAACAUUGACCCACAAGAAAAGAUGAUCACGAAAGAUAGAAUCGAGAAAUACAUACUGCGAAAGGCCUUCGACACAACGGACGAGCCUGACGUGGAACCCUAUCUUCCCGACCACAUCCUCUGGAGACAAAAGGAGCAAUUCAGUGAUGGUGUCGGUUAUGGUUGGAUUGAUGCCCUCAAAGACAACGCUGAGCUUCAUGUCACAGAUGAGAUGAUGAAGAACCCUAAGCCCGAAUGGGGAUCCGACAUCCCAGAUAGCAAGGAGGCAUACUGGUACCGCACAAUGUUUGAUGAGCACUUCCCACCAUACUGCGCCAGCACCGUUAUGAGAUGGACACCCACAUGGUCACACCAGUCAGACCCUUCGGGCAGAGCUAUUGCAACACAUGUUGCCAAAUACGAAAACUCAGGAUAA